CAAUUAUUGCCACAAACUCUUAUUUCUUGAGGCUGUUUAUUGUCUUCUCUUCUUUUAUCAUCUUUUAGAUCUGUUAAUUCAGUUCUUCCCUUCCUGUAUUUGCAACAAUUUUGCUACAAAUCGAGCCACGAUCUGGAUUGAGGUGCUUGUGGCUGUAAGAGUUUAAAUUUCAGAGUGUCGAGAGAUGGCCGUUGCAGCUUAUGCGUCGUUGGUUUCUCUUACUCAUGUCCUAGACAACGUUCACUACCGUGCUCAGCUUCGUCGCCUUCAUGUGGACAUAAAACGGAUUGAAUUUCUCCAGGAAGGUGUCAUUUUCUUGUUAGGAUUCCUUGAAGCGAACCACAGAAGUAAAAGCCAGAAAGCUGGAGAUCUUUGGAGGCAAAUGUCGGAAGUUAGUUGGGAGGUCGAAGAAAUUUUUGACUCACAUAUUGUGAGUCAACUUCAGAAGGAGUCUCAGGAAGAAAGCAGUGAUAUGGGCGGGAGAUCCUUCGAUGAAGAUUUGGAUACUAUGAUCGAGAAGAUUGACCAUAUCAAGAGAGAGCUAUCAAUGGUUGAAGAGAUAGUGGAGGAGGUCGUGGAUGAAGAACAAACCAAAGCUUCAGUUUCUGGUGGUGGUUCUUCAGCUGCUGCAUCCUCCAUUACAAAGAAUACUAUUGUGGGACUCGAAGAACACGUGAUGAAGAUUAAGGGUGAGCUAGCAAGAUAUGAUGACAAUCUCCAAAUCAUCCCAAUUGUCGGCAUGGGAGGUAUUGGCAAGACCACUCUUGCGAAAGAAGUUUAUAGAGACAAAUAUGUUGUUGAACGCUUUGACGUGCGCAUUUGGCUUACAAUUUCUCAAGAGUAUAGUGUCGAUGAGAUCCUCCUUGGUCUUAUCAAUGACGGAAAAGUUGAAAGACAAGGAAGAAGUUCAGAUGGACCUGGAGAAGUAUUGCGCAAAAAGCUGUAUGGUAGAAGAUACUUGAUUGUUAUGGAUGACAUAUGGACUCUUCAAGCUUGGGAUGAUUUAAGGAGGUUCUUUCCGGAUAAUGGGAAUGGAAGUCGGAUUAUUUUGACCACUAGGCUAUCAAAUGUGGCUGGUUCGUUAAGCUCUCAUGAUCCUUAUUCGAUGACAUUACUAGACCAGAAUACAAGCUGGAAUUUAUUUUGUCAAACUGUAUUCGGAGAAGAAAAUUGUUCGGAUCGAGAAUUGGAGAAAAUCGGUAGGGGGAUUGUCAGAAAUUGCCGAGGACUUCCUUUACAAAUUACUGUUAUCGGAGGAAUACUUGCAAAGUCUGCCAUGAAUAAAGAAUAUUGGGAAUCAGUCGCUGAAAAUGUAAGUUCCUUUGGCAAUGCAAGUGAUGGCGAACGUUGUUUGAAUAUAUUACUCUUGAGUUAUAAUAAUCUGCCCAUAUAUCUGAAGCCAUGUUUCCUCUAUAUGAGAGCUUUCCGUGAAGAUGCUGAUAUUAAGGUCUCCCAUCUAAUCAGAUUGUGGGUUGAUGAAGGUUUCAUAACAAUAAAGGAUGAUAAAAGUCUAGAAGAAGUUGGUGAGGAAUACUUGAAAGAUCUUGUUGAUAGAAAUCUACUUUUUGUGCGUGAGGAAGGCUUACAUAAGGAGGAAAUAGAAACAUGCGGCAUCCAUGAUCUUUUGCGAGACCUAUGCCUUAGUGUUUCUAAAACAGAGAAUUUUUUGUGUUCGCCAAAAUUACAACACAGCAGGCUAUCAUUUAAUAGAUGCUUGUGCAUCCUAUGUGGCGAUUCAGCUACAGAAGAAGAAAGGAGAAAUCUCCUAGCAUUCGAUAUCGAUUUUAUUCCUCCAUCAGCUUUGCACGGUAAUCCUCCUGUUUGUGGUGACUGUAAAGUGACUUAUUCACAUAUGAAGAGACUAACAUUGGUCAAGAUCAUCGACAGAGUUGGUGUAGCUGAUGAUUCACUUGUGCAGCACACUAAAUUACGAAGCAUCUCCAUUCCAUUGAAUAAGUCUCCAAAGUUUAUAUCUCCCCUACAUUUUCUAUGGAAUCUUCAGAGUUUGCUAUUUCCAGAAUCAGAAUUGGUAGUUUUACCUUCUGAAAUCUGGGAGCUGCCGCAACUUAGAAUUAUUGACUCCAGCGAUGUGGUGUUUCCUAAGCCUCGUCUUGCUCGUGUUGAAGAGAAAGAUAUAUGUAUUCUGAGGAACCUGCAAACUCUUACCAUUGCAAGGAAUUUUGAGCUCACCGAUGAGAUUCUUGGCGGAAUCCCUAAUUUGAAGGAACUACAAAUUAAGUAUGAUAAGCGUAUGAGAGAGUCGGAUACCUGUUUGUGUAAUCUUCAUAGAUUACAGAAACUUGAAAGACUAACUGUCGAAAACACAUUGCAGAACAUUGGCUUUCCAAAUUCACUCAAAUUCUUGCUUCUGAGGAAAUGCAGAAUUCCUUGGAGUGGUAUGUCAGUGGUUGGUUCAUUACCCAAUCUUGAGAUUCUCGUGUUGUGGAAUACUGCGGAAGGCUCUGAGUGGAAUCCAACUGAAGGUGAAUUUCUUCGAUUAAAAGCAUUGUUGAUUCAUGGUAGUGAUGUAGUACACUGGAGAGCUGAUCAAAACAACUAUCCUACUCUUGAGUUUCUCUUACUGUCUAGCUUACCUUCACUCGAAGAAAUCCCUUCAGGUGUUGGAGAUAUACCAACACUGCGCGAAAUUAAUUUGACCAAUUGCAGAAAGUCUGCUGUGGAUUCGGCAUACCUAAUAUUAGAGGAACAACAGGGCAUGGGAAAUGAAACCCUUAUGGUUGAUGCCUCUGAUGAUUCUGAAGAUGACGACACAGAUGAAGAUGAUGAGUCUGAAGGCGAAGAUGAAGAUGAAGAUGAAGAUUACAAGUCUUCUUGAUGGCCCCCUAAGGAGAGGAGAAGAAGAUGAUCAUGAUGGUAUAUGUAUAUAACUAAGGUACUUUUGAAGACUUAUAAUAAUUGUUUUGUGUCUUUCUAACUUGAUAAACUGGUUUCAGGCUUUGAUUUUGGAAACAAUAAUUCAAGUGCUAAAGGAAGAUUUCCAGAAAUGAUUCAGUAAAAAAUCUUAGAGGUUUUAGUAAGAAGGAGAAAUGUUGCUUCUUGCUUGGUACUAUUUGCAAUGUAAUAAUAGUGAUCAAUAACUUCACUUAAUUCAUUUAUUAUUUUUUUAA